UCAAUGGACAAGUCUUGGAUUGCUAAGCUACAUAAUACAAACGAAUAUUUAAAUGGCUUGAAUAUAUUCUUAGACUUUGCUUUUAAGAAGGACCCUACAGUACGAUGUCCAUGUCCUGUAUGUGGGUUUUUAAAAUGGGAAACUAGAGACGUAGUUAAGGAUCACUUGCUUUGUAGACCAUUUCCCAAAAACUAUGUAAUAUGGGAUCUUCAUGGCGAGAAGCGACUGCCGGUUGCUUCAAGAAACGAAGAUAUUGUGCAAGAGAUGUUUUGCUUUGAAAAUCCAAUGGAAACUAUGAUCAAUGAUGCAUUUGGGAACCAUAGACCAACCACUAAUAUAGAUGAAUCACAACCAUUGGGUGGUCCUGAUAUAUUAAAUGGAGGGUUAAGGGAGGAGCAGAGUAGUUUUCGUGAGUUUAUCGAUGACGGAAAUCAGUCACUUUAUGAAGGAAGUAAGUACACAAAACUAGAAUUUUUAACUAAAUAUUAUCACAUAAAGGUUUUGUGUGGAUUAAGUGACAAAGCAAUGAAAAUGAUACUUGAUCUAUUGAGAGACGCAUUUGAACAAGCAAAAUUCCCCCCUUCUUUUUAUGAGGCUAAGAAAACCAUUCAAAAACUUGGUCUUAAUUAUACAAAGAUAGAUGCAUGUCCAAAUGAUUGUAUGUUGUAUUUGGGAGAUGAAGAAAAGAACUUGGAAAUAUGCAAGCAUUGUGGAACAUCCAGAUGGAAUCCAAAUCAUAAAAAGAAGAAAGCGGCAAAGGUUCUUCGUUACUUUCCACUGAAACCAAGAUUACAAAGACUAUUCAUGUGUUCAAAAACCGCAGAGCAUAUGAGAUGGCAUGCUUUGGAAAAUAAUAAGGACGGGUUGAUGAGGCAUCCUAGGGAUGGUGAGGAAUGGAAGAAUUUUGAUUCGAUACAUCGUGAAUUUGCAUCUUAUCCAAGAAAUAUUCGCUCCGGACUUGCUAGUGAUGGUUUUAAUCCUUUUGGUAAGAUGAGUACUUCAUAUAGUAUUUGGCCUGUUUUCUUAAUUCCCUAUAAUUUUCCUCCGUGGAUGUGUAUGAAGCACACAUCCUUCAUCUUAUCAAUUAUCAUUCCUGGAAAGGAGGUGCCUGGAAAUAAAAUAGAUGUAUAUUUACAACCCCUAGUGAAAGAGCUAAAAGAUCUUUGGAAUGAUGGUGUUGAGACUUUCGAUGCAUCAACUAAUGAAACUUUUAGAAUGCGAGCAGCUCUUCUUUGGACAAUUAAUUACUUUCCGGGCUUAAGUAUUCUCUCUUGGUGGAACACAUAUACUGGGUUGGCUUGUCCUACUUGUAACUUUGAUGCAGAACCUUGUCGUCUUCCGCAUAGUAAAAAAUGGUGUUUUAUGGGUCACCGUCGUUUUUUAAGCAAAAACCAUAGGUUUAGAUUAAACCGUGUUCAUUUUGAUGGAGGUGUGGAGGAAAGAAAUCCACCAUUAAAAUUGUCUGGAUCUGACAUUUUGAGGCAAAUGGAAAAUCCUAAUAUUACAUGUAGGAGGGGAAAAAGAAAUAGACAAGUAGUUAAGCAAUGGAAGAAGAGAAGCAUAUUCUUUGAACUUCCGUAUUGGGAGUUAAAUUUACUGCGUCACAAUUUGGAUUUUAUGCAUAUUGAAAAAAAUGUAUGUGACAAUGUCUUGUAUACUCUACUUAAUGACAAGUCUAAAUCAAAAGAUCAUCUCAAUGCUCGAAAAGAUUUGAAAGAAAUGGGAUUAAGGCGUGAUCUAUGGCCUGAUGAUAGAGGGAUUUACCACCUUGCUUUGUUUUCACUAACACGCAACACCAAAAAGCUGUUUCUUAAAACUUUGAAGAAAUUAAGGGUACCAGACGGUUACUCAAGUAACAUUUCCAUAUGCAUUGAUGAAGUGCAACAAAAGAUAUUUGGGUUAAAAAGUCAUGAUUGUCAUAUUAUAAUGGAACAAUUACUACCAUUAGCAAUUCGUAAUUUGUUACCAAACCAUGUUAUCGCAGUCUUGGUGGAGUUUUGUUCAUUUUUCAGAAUCCUUUGUAGUAAAAGCUUAAAUCUUCCUGAACUUCAAAUACUCCAAGACCGCAUUGUGUCCACACUUUGCCAUUUAGAAAUGUUAUUUCCUCCAUCAUUGUUCACAGUUAUGAUUCAUUUGACUGUGCAUCUAGUAGAGGAAGCAAAACUUGGAGGUCCGGUUCAUUACAGAUAUAUGUAUCCUGUGGAGAGGGAAUUGGGUCAUUUGAAGUCCUUUGUACGUAACAAGGCCCAACCCGAAGGUUCUAUAGCUGAGGGGUACUUAGCUGAAGAAUCUCUUAAUUUCUGUUCACGAUACCUUGAAGAUAUAGAGACAAGAUUCAACCGACCUAGACGUGUUUGUGAUGAAAUAAAUGAGCCUUCUUAUGCUUCCACCAUCUUCCCUCAAAUGGGUAAACCAGUAGGGGCUUCAUCAAAUUUCACUCUAUCUCAAAUGCAAAAACAACAGGCUCAUCGCUAUGUGCUUCUAAAUGGCAAAACAGUCACACCAUUUAUUGAGGAAUUUAGACAAUUCUUAAAGAGGAGUUUAAGGUCAAGAAGGCCAUCAGCUACAGAUAUUGAAAAGAGAGUAAGUAGAGAAUUUGUUGCUUAGUUUGAAAAACGGAUUUUGAACCCAGAAGCAAUAAGGACUAUGUCAGUUGAUAUGAAGUUUCUAGCUCGAGGACCAUUGGACAAUGCAAGAAGAUUUAGUGCAUACAAUGUUAAUGGUACAAAUUUCGAACCUUAACUCGAGAAGAGGGGUUAAAAACACAAAAUAGUGGUGUGUUUUUAACAUCCAACACAUCUUGUGUUUCGAGUCGUGCUGAUAAGAACUUAAGACAAGCAGACUUGCCUUAUUAUGGGAAGUUAGAAGAUAUUAUUGAGAUUAACUAUUAUGGUCAGUUUAAGGUUGUUCUUUUUAAAUGUAAGUGGGCAGAUACAACAAGGGAUAGAGGGUAUAAAAAAGAUCCUUGGAAUUUUAAUUGUGUUAAUUUUGAUAGAUUAAUUCAUACUGGUGAUCGUGAAGACCAUGAUCCCUAUAUUGAAGCAUCUCAAGCACAAAUGGUGUAUUAUGUAGAUGAUGUGGUCAAUGAAGGAUGGAGUGUUGCUGUGCAUUUAAAACCAAGAGAUUUAUAUGAAAUGGGCGAGGAAGUCGAAGAGGCUGGAUAUGUAAAUGAGCCAUACCAAGAGCAACUACUUGAGAAAAUUGUAAAUAUUGAUGAUGAGCAUGCUCAACUGGCUACAAAUGAUAUAAAUGAUGAUAUGAUUGACAAUAAUUUGGCUUCUAACUUGUAAACAUCUUCACACAUGUCCCAAUAGAAAAUAAUAUGUAUUAUACUUUAUUUAAAGCCAUGGUAAAGGUCAAACGCUUCCAAAAUCCACAAAAGUCAGAACCUCCACAACAAUGUUCUACAAAUCAUGUGAUUCAAGAUGUGGUUCAUCCUUCACCAUCACCUCCACAACAAUGUUCUACAAAUCAUGUGA